AUGCCGCAGUUUCCUUUCAAGACGCCCACUUUGGCCGAAUACAAACAGAAUCAAGAAUACUAUGAUCGUUUAUACGAAGGGCUCAGGGAGAUCUGGUAUAACCACAACUCUGCUGUCCCUGGCUUCGUUGAGUUGCCAGAAGAUUGCGUGCCCCGACCCCCAACUGUCAAUCAAGCAUCGUCCUCUCGGGCGGGCCCGAACCCCAACAGCCCUACUAUGCACUGCGACAAGCAGCUCGGCAGGGACUGCAACAAGGCCUGUUGUAAGCCCACGCCCAAGGCUCAAGGCCGCCGCGUAACAAUUGCCACAGCCAGUGAUGAAGAGAAUGGCGUGGUCACAGACACGGAAGGCAACAUCACGGACAGCUCCAACCGUGUCGUCAAGGGUAAGAUGACUGCCAAGGGAAAGGGAAAGGACAAGGCGGUCCAGACCGAGUCAGAGAACGAACCGUCUGCUGCUCAGACUGAUGAUGAUGCCUCGACUGACGCUGAGACGUCCGUCCUUUCAUUCGUCGCCUGUCUAAAGGACCCCAACUGGUCCCUUUCUGAGGACUGCCGCCUUCGCAGCAUGAAGGAGGCUGGCGAGACCUGGACUUUCAUCUCCGACUCUCUCUGCAAGACCAAGGACGAUGUCCGAGCUCGCUGGAAGAUACUCCAGAGUCAGUUACGUGCCACAGACACUGACACUGACACCGACACUACCGCUGAGGAGGGGUCUGUCGACGACACCACUGACGAAGACGAGGAAGGAGACGAUGAAGAGGCCAGUGACCAAGAGUCCGACGAGGACGAGGACGACGAAGACUCUGACUCUGACGACGAGGACUCCGAUGAUGAUACCAGCUCGGAAGAUAUGUCGGAGACGAAGACUCGCAAGUCGACUGUGGCCAACAAAUGGCACAAGGGUGCUCGCAACCUCAAGGUUGCGAAAGAAAAUCAGGAGGCAAAGGCUCGAGCCAAGGCCAAGACAUCUGGUAAGGAUGUCUCCUCCGCCGAUGAAGCGAAGGACGAGAGCGAUGACGAUUCAUCGCUCUUCCGAUAUGGCGACCGUGAGAAGCGCGAGCAAAUGAAGUAUCUCCAGGAACACGUCUACGGGGCCAUGUACCCUCCUUACAUCCACCCGCAGCCCGAUGCCUACUUGGGCAAACGAGACUGCGCCCUCCUUGCUACCAUUGACAGCAAGUAUAAGCGAUCUCGCUGGCUCGAAAUGCAGGCCAAUUUCUACAAUGUCACCGGACGAAUGGUUCCUCUUGAAUCCCUCAAGGCCAGAUGCGAGCGGGCUGAGGCCGAGAAGACGGAGCGCUCAAAGACUCGCGAACUUGAGAGACGCAUGAACAAGGUCGAGGACUGGAUUGCGAAGCAGGAACGUGAGAAGUCGGCCGACUCUGAGGACUCUGAGGACUCCGAUGACACUGAUGAGUCAGACAACUCAGACGAUUCCGAUGACCCUGAAGAUUCGGGCGACUCGGAUGAGUGA